GUGGUUGAGGUGGAGGUGGCGGUGGUGGUGUUGUUGUUGUUGUUGUUAACAUGCCCUGGCCCUCGGUGCGGAAAGGGUUACAGUGCUAACUGGCGGUCUCCAUUGGCCGACACUUGAGCGUUCACGUGGGAGGUCCUUCGCGCUCGUCGGCCGCCAUCAGCCUCGCCGGGUAUUAAAAAGGGAAACCCCACCCCUACCCCCCACACACAAAAAAAAAUACGUGCGCCGUCCGCCAGCAAUGGAGACCGGGAGCGGAGUGCCGUGCCUCGCCCUUUACCUGCUCGCCGGGCUCUGGCUGCUGGCGGCCCCCGCUGCCUGCCAAAAGGGGAGCCAAAAAGAGCAGGAGGAGUGCCAUUACUACGCGGGGGGACACGUGUACCCCGGCGAGGCGUUCAGGGCGCCCGUCACUGACCACUCGCUGCACCUCAGCAAAGCGAAGAUUUCAAAGCUUGCACCGAACUGGGAAGAGACUGCAGUAAUAAAUGGCGAAUUCAAAGAGCUGAAGCUUGGAGAUUAUCGAGGCAAAUACCUUGUCUUCUUUUUCUACCCCCUUGAUUUCACAUUUGUUUGUCCCACGGAAAUAAUAGCUUUCAGUGACAGAAUUGAAGAGUUUAGAGCCAUUAACACGGAGGUGGUAGCCUGUUCCGUUGACUCUCAAUUUACGCACUUGGCAUGGAUCAACACUCCAAGAAAACAAGGUGGCCUAGGACCAAUGAAAAUCCCACUGCUCUCAGAUCUUACUCACCAAAUAGCAAAAGACUAUGGUGUGUAUCUGGAGGACCAAGGACAUACAUUAAGGGGCCUUUUCAUUAUUGAUGACAAAGGAAUACUAAGACAAAUUACAAUGAACGAUCUUCCUGUGGGACGGUCAGUGGACGAAACUCUUCGUUUAGUUCAGGCAUUCCAGUAUACUGACAAGCAUGGAGAAGUUUGCCCUGCUGGUUGGAAACCUGGAAGUGAUACAAUCAAACCAGAAGAGGUCAUGAAAGAAUGGUGGCCCCGAGAUGAGUUAUAAUUCCAGAUCCAUCAGGAAAACUGAAGUAUUUUGAUAAAUUGACCGACUGAAAAAACAAUCCAAUGUAAUUUCUAGUGUUUUUUAUUAUCCAGUUCAUUACUCUUAAUAAACUGGUUAAUUAUA